CUUACUCUCAUUUUACAAUCUUCCCUUCUGUUCCUUGUGCUUUGUCUUUCUCCACUCAUCUUUUCCUCUUCUCUCUUCUCUUUCUUCUCUCCAUCAUGACCGGGAUUGCUGAUGAAGCCCCCGUGACCCUCGACACGCUCAAGCAGUUAAUGGCUCAGUUUGCCAAGGAGAGAGACUGGGAUCGUUUUCACAGCCCAAGAAACCUUCUAUUGGCUCUGGUGGGUGAAGUAGGAGAAUUGUCUGAGAUAUUUCAGUGGAAAGGAGAGGUUCCAAAGGGUCUUCCAGGUUGGAAAGAGGAAGAAAAGGUUCAUCUUGGUGAAGAGCUUUCUGAUGUGUUGCUUUACCUCGUGAGGCUCUCUGACAUUUGUGGUGUUGAUCUUGGUAAAGCUGCUUUGAGAAAGGUUCAACUCAAUGCCAUAAAAUACCCUGCAAAAGUUUGCAAAGAGGUGGUUUCAGUUUCAAGCACCCCAGAGGAAAACCCUUCCACCAACAAUGGCGCUGCCCCUUAUGCUGACUGAAAUAUGUGUUGUUGUUAUUCUUGUAAUAACAGUAAUCAUGUGGUGAAUUUAGUAUCUUUAGCUGAAUUAGGGAUGAAGUGGGAAAUGGGGCAUGGUGGUUUUGUACAAUGGUUUAUGCAGUGUUUUUGCUGCCAUUGCAUGGAAACCAAACUAAUGUUUAGUGUCUGGUAGUUGGUACGUUUAUUCUAUCAGAUUUGUUUUCACUGUUUUGGCAGAAUCAAAUCCCGUGACAGAUAUCAGAUAUGAAGAGAUCUAAUUCUUCCA